AUGACUUGGCGCCCGUUACUUCCAAAUAUACAAUGCAUGCAAGUGCCACUCACCAAUGUACCUUCAGUAUUAGACUUAUACGCAUUUGAUGUGGUAUCGUCUGGAGGUAGUACUCUUGGCGAAGGUUAUGAAAUUUUGCCUCAGGAUCGUACAAAUAAGGGUCGGCUACGUGAAGGAGAUGUAAAAACUAUUACACUCGUAGAUGAACACGCAAAACAAUUAUCUAAGUCAAUGUUUGCAUAUACAGAAUAUCUUGGAUGUUCUAUGCGGGUAUAUAAAAUAAAAAAUGUUGAUGUAUUUAGUUUCACAGAAAUUUGUGAAGUAUUAAUUAUGUUUCUUGAAAGAAUGGGUGCCGCAAAGGCAAAUGCACCUGGAAAGAUUUUAAGUACAACUGUUUCUACACCAGAAAACCAAACACAACCAACAUCUACUCGGUUUGUUCCUAAUCUUGAAACAAUACAGAAUGCCCUGAAAUAUGAUAAAAAACUGCAUUUUCCGAGUGUAUUAGAAUAUGAAAAAUCCGAAGACACUGUUAUAUCAAAGCAGUAUGGCGUUAAGGAUGCUCAAGACCCCAAAGAGCAAGCUGUACUUCUUGGCAUCGCAUCUACAAUUAUGCCAACACUAUUAUCAAAGUAUCCAGACUUUUUAGGCGUAGACUCUACUGGUCGUCGUAACAGCUUGAAUUUCCCAAACACGGCCUUUAUGGUUAGAUCAGAUGAACCUCGUGGUCGAAUUGUGGCAACAUUUGUAAGUGAUAAAGAAACAAUGCCAGUUGUUGAUCUUAUGUUCGAAUCGCUAAUUCAAUAUAGUAUUAAAAAUGAUGUUCAACUAAACCCUAAAUGGUUAGCAAUGGAUAAAUGGGACCCUUAUCUAACAGCAGCCAGAAAACAUUUCCCCAAUACGCAGGUAGUUUUGUGUGACUGGCAUGAGGCCGAUGCACUUAAGGAAUGGUUUACGAAAAAUAUAAAUGACCAAUGGAUUAGAGAUCGAACAUUUUAUCAAUUUCGGUUUGUUAAGAGAUCUAGAGACCAAGAAGAAUUUGAUCAGCGGAAGAUAACUAUCUUGAAUCCUAAAGAGUUUCAGUCUACCAUUGGAAUUACCAACUUAGCUAUUGCAGAAACUAUCACAUCUUAUUUUCGAACGCAUUGGUUCGGCGAUUGGGUUGGCAAGCGUAACGGCUGUCCUAUGAAAACAAAUAUGUUACUAGAGAGUUACUUUAAAAAAGAUAUGAUAUUGCAUUACCGGGGAAGAUAUACAAAGUCUUUACACUCUAAUCUCGAGAAAAUAGGUACAUCAAUGCGCGUAGAUGCAGGAGAAGUUGAAAGGUUUUGGAAUGGAGAAGGCAAGCAACCUACGAAAUCAAAGUUACAACGAGAAAAAAAUAAAAUACAUAUAAAAGGGGAGCUGUUAUAUAAAAAAAAUCUUGUUCAAGAGAUUGACCAGGAUGCUUGGAUUGUGUCCCGUUUCAGUACAGAUAUUCAACAUGUUGCCGCUGAAUUGGAUGACAGUGAUUCUGAUAAAGAAGACACUGAAUCUAAGACAUCUGAUUUAUUUGAUCAAGAGAAAACAUUAUAUAUUACACGUAGAAGUGAAAAAUUUGCUUGCCCAUGUGGUUUCAAUAUAAUCCGCGGACACGAUUGUCAGGAUAUUAUAGCUGUUCGCUUCUUUAUUGGCGAACCUAUUGCAAGCAGUUCUCUUGAGUCUUACCUUCGUCAGAAGGAUGAUAACGGUCAUAACGAAAAUGAGCUUAAAUUACCUAAAAAAAGAGGUCACAAAAAUAAGAAAAAAAACAGAUUGGUACCAGGAGAGCAAGUUCAUCUUCGAGAUACAAUUUUGGAUGAGCCUUACAAUAAGGUGCAGAUUGUUGAAGUUAUUGGUGAAGGCAAGGUUAUCGUAGACGUUACAUUUGAAAGCGGUAAUACGGGACAACAUGUAGUUCAACUAGCUGACAUAAUUGGGUACGCCGAUGAACAAUUAUCUAAGGAUUCUUAUGGAAACUUUGUCGUUUAUACAAUGCCAUAUGGGGGGAAGAAAGGCGAUCUACACUUAACUUCUACAUGUCCAGUAGACACGAGCCUCACACUUAUCCAAAGUGCUUUUACUCAGCAAAAUAUUUAUAGUCAAGCCACAGCUUUUGCUAUAGCUGACCCCAUUUCACAUACACAUCUUCUUAUCAAAGUUUUUGACCGAAUGAAGCAAAAGCAAUGGGUAGAGGCCAAGCUUCUUUGGGUUGAAAAUUUACCUUCAUAUAAUAACAAAUUAAAAACAGGAUGUAUAAACUUAUUUGGAAGUCUUUCGGAGCUAUUUUUUGAACAAUUCUUUCAAGAUUCCUUGGAUUGGAAUCUUCUUAUUAUCAAAAGCACAGUAACAACUGUGUGUGAUUCAGAUUACUGCCCUAAAAAAACUCUGCCGCUGACACACUCUUAUGAUAUCGUACUUACAAGAGGUAACUACUUUGAAACUUGUCUAAAAUAUUGGCAAGAGCCUUGUAUUGUCUCCUGUGGAUCAGAGUUAAUAACUAUAAAUGAAAAAGCCCCGGAAAAUGUCCCCGUAAAUGCCUUUACGGUCGAUAAAUAUGCAUCAUUAGAAAGCGGAAAAAUCAUGUGGCUACUUCAACGAGACAAAUCGACUGACGUAAAUGUUGCAGGAAUUAAUAUUACCGAUGAAGGACUUUUUCUUGAAAGUAAAGACCUUCCGGAAGAAAUUAGUUUCCCUGAAGACGCACAUAUAAAGCAAAGUAAUCAUCAUGUUGCCGAUGUUCGUUUUGAAGAUGACAAAAAUGUAAUAAAUGUUAACGUUCUUACCAAUUCUAAUGAAACAACGCUUUUUGGAAAUCGUGAUCAGAAUUUGGCUUCUAUUGUAAAUGAAAUAUCAAUG